AUGUCACCCCCAAAUUUCGACGCUCACAGAGACUUACACGACUCGGCUAACAAUCUCCUUCACUCACCAAUCAUCCAACACGGUCUCGUUCACGAUAAACAAGAGAAAUUUGUUCAUGAAGUCUCAGAAGCAUCUCUAAGAAUGUUAGACGUGUGUGGAACCACUAAAGACGUUCUUUCACUGGUCAAAGAUCAUCUCCAAGACUUUCAAUCAACGUUUCGCAGAAUACCCAUUGGCAAAACAGAAAUCGAAAACAAGUUUGCGGAUUACAAUCCCCAUAGAAAGAAAUUGAAGAAAGAAAUGUUAAAGCGAAUGCGCUUGCUGAAAGGCAUGAAAAACAACAAGUGUAUGAUGAAUGCAAACCUCUCAUCUGUAGAUCGAAACCUUAUUGCUGUUGUCGAUGUGUUCAGAGAAAGUGAUAUAUGGUGGAUGGGUUUCAAUUGCUAA